AGUCCUUCAGUUUCAUCAUCAACUGUUACAGCCAGCCGACUUGCCAGCAUAGUUUCAUUCUAGAGCACCAGCUUGCGUAAGAGAUCAGCUUAGGUAUUUGCAGUUAGUUGCCACUGAGUUCGCUCGCUUGUGGGCAGAUGAGGAGACGCUAGCUACUAGUUCGAUACAAACAGGCUUCGACUUGAGACCUCCUUCGGUAUCAACUUCCCAUCGUCGAGAGUGUUUCGAGCCUGGGGUUGAGUCAAGAUGGGUGCCGAGUUUGGUGCGCAGGGGACGGCUGCCUUAAUCGACAACAAGUCGAUCGCGGUUUACAAGCAGUUUGAGAAUCAGCGCUCGAAGCAUAGAAACGCUACUGAGGCUGAGAUAUGUCUCCGAGUGAAGGAGUUCAUCAAGAAGCGGCUGAACGGCAUCGUGGAUGAGGAAUGCAGCAAGCGAGUGAUGGACCUGACGACGGUGGCCCUAUCGUCCUUGAGCUCCACGGUCAUCCCCUUCAGCGGCGUCGCAGUGGUGGUGGCCGCGACCUUGAUCCAGUGCCUCGACUUCUCCUUAACCCUGGGCCUCAUCCCGCUGCUCAACGUGCGCUCCUUCAACGACCUGCGGGACAUGAGCAAGAAUGUGGGUAGGUCGAUUAGGAACUCGGGGAAAAGCUCGGUGAUGGCGGGCGUGGAAACCGCCGUGCUCGAGGUUCUGAAGAAGCUCGGUCUCGGAGACUGGAUCUGGACGGAGAUUCUGAGGGACAUUCUGUUAGAGAUGAUCGGCGACUCCGCAAUGGACGUCGUCUGGAUCAUGACGCCGCUGCUGACCGUGCCCAAGUACAUGAUGCACCGGCACCUCAUCAAAAAAAUGUACCGCAAGCUCGGUGACAAGGCGGAGAUCGUGCAUACCCAGUGGAUGGAGGAGAAUUGCGUCACCAAAGUCGCUGUGCAAACCACGGUCGUCUCUCAAGUCGUCGACGGCAUGCAGGUUGACGCGUUUGGAAACGUCCAAGGCAUUCACAUUCAAACGCAAGAGGUUUCCGCUACGCAGGUUGCAACCAGCAGCGGUGCCCAAACAAACGGAUACCAUCAGCAACAAGCGCAAUCUCAGCAAUGGUCGCCGUAUCCUUCCUCGAGCCAAGCUCCCUGUUAUAGUCAUAUCGCUAACCCUGUUAUGAUGCCGGGCACGGCUCCCAGCUACGCGCCACAGCCUCAGCAGAUGCCACCAGCAACCGGCUCGAAUUAUUUCCAGCCGCAGGCUACACUGCAGCCGACGGGGAUUGUAGUCAUGGGAUACGCGCCGCCUGCGAACUCGUCGUACUUCCAACCUCAGCCGACGGGUAGCUUUGUCAUGGGAUACGAACCGCCGAAGAACUCCUCGUUCUUCCAAUCUCAGGUCGGAGGACAGUUCCAGCCUCAACCAGCCGGAUACUAUCAGGCAGCGGCUGCAGCGCAAACAUACACUUCGCUACCCAAUCCGACUUAUGUCCAGCAGCUGCCAGAUUAUGGAACUCAAUAGGGUCAGCCCAUGUAUCCUCAAGGGCAACCUCAUGGAUAUCCUUCCGUUCAAAUGGGAGAGUGCAUUAAGCCGCAAGCACAAAUGGUGGUGUGUCCGCCUGGAGGAGCUCAGCAAGCGUAUCUUCCUAAUCAACCUGAGUAUCAACCAUUGGUUCAGCAACCUGAUCUGUGGUACCAGACAAAGGCAAAUUAGUGAUAGUUGCAAUCGAGUUGAUACUAUUUCUGUUACUAAAACAAGAUGAAAACAUGAAAGCAAGAUAGACAUCAUUUGUUGCAUACGAAAAGUACCGGAAACCAAUUGAAGGGCACUUUUGAUGUCUUAGUUAAAUGCUAGAUAAGUCACAGCUUUCAGUACAAAUAAUAUGGGACAUUAAUCACUUCUCUUCCGGAAGUGGAACUUAAUUCUCAAGUGAAACAAGACCUAAUAUCCUUAAAAGUGAAAAAAAAAUAUUUGUAGGGAGAGGUUUUGUGAAGAUGUCUGCUGCCAUUUGCUCCAUGGUACAAUACUCUAAACUAAUUUGUCCUUUCUCCACACAUUGUGUAAUAAAAUGAUGUUCAGUAUC